UUUCAUUUGUAACACAGGCGGUGGUCUGCUGAGGGCGCUCUUCAAAAAAAAUGAAACUUUAAAACAAAACGUUGCUUGUGUGGCACAAUAAAUGUGAAAAAAAGCAUCUGGUAACCGAAUUAGGUGAAAAAACUCAGGUGUUGAAAGAGCGCUAUUCUGUCUAAACGGAAGCAGAAGGUCGAAGAAAUUUUCUUGACAAGAGGGAAGGUAUUUGACUUUUCCUGGAUUUAAUGUGCUGGGUAACAUGUCAGAUGUGUCAAAAGACAGAAGCAGCCGCUGGCAGGAAAUCCAAAAAGGACUGAAGUUUAUCCAAUCCACAUUGCCAUAUCCAGGAACACAAGAAGAAUAUGAGAUAUUCAUUAAGAAAUUGGUUAAAAAUCUUUUCAGUGAAGGAAAUGAUGCAUAUAAAGAAGGCCAUUGGGCAGUAUCUUUAGAAUCCUAUACAGAAGCAUUAAGCAUAUCUGAUUAUGCUCAAUCUGAAGACAUCAGUAUUUCUCUGGAAAUUGUAGAAAAACUACAUGCUAACAGAGCUGCUUGUUAUUUAAAUAUGGGACUUUAUGAUCAAGUACUACAAGAUUGUGAAAUGGCUUUGGAACUUAAUGACAGUAACUACCGAGUUCUGUAUCGCAAAGCCAGGGCACUAAAGGAACUUGGAAAAGACAAAGAAGCCUAUGAGUCAGUAGCAAAGUGUUCUUUAGCAGUGCCACAAGAUGAAAGUGUUAUUAAAUUAACUCAAGAACUUGCAAAGAAAAUGGGUUUAAAAAUCCGCAAGGCUUAUGUUAGAACACAGCCAGUUUUGAAUUCAUUAACUGGUUCCCAAAGUUUGGGAACAACAAAUAAGUGUUCAAAUGGAUCAGAUUCUGUUGAAGAUAUUGAACUGGAAUUAAUAGAUGAUUCCCAAGAACGGAGUUCUUCUGUUUUGACUGUUGCCUCUUGUUCUUUGGUUACGGAUGCAGCUGUAUCUGAAUUUGGCUCUGGCCAUCUUCCUUCCGUUUCUCCUGUUGAAUCCCAUAUGGUGGAGAGGAUUGCCCCUGCUCCACCAUCAUGUGCCAAUGGUGGUGGCAUCACGUAUCCGACUUCUGAGUCAUGUUUGGAAUAUGAGACGGACAUUAUUGGAGAUGACCUUGAUGAGUUGCUUGAUAGAGCUGCUUCUGACAAGAAUCUUACAAGUGUUUCCCCAAUUUCUAUGUCAAGUGGUAUUAGCCCAAGUCUAUCAUGCAACCUGCUCACUACAUCAAUACCUUUGCCAAAUCAGUUUGGACUGCCCUCUGUCCCAUUGCCAUCACUGUAUUCAGUUGCAGCUCCUGGCAAUGCAAGACUAUCUUCUUUAGACACAUUUAAUACUUGUUUGGAUAGUUUGGAUUCUGUCUCUAUUUCAGAGCCAUCAUCUGGUAUUCCUGGAGGGUCUGUUACGCACAGCAAAAUUUCUUUUUCACCUCUAAAUAGCACAGAUGGCUUUUUGGUUGCUAAAGGAGAAAUUGGGAUUAUUGGUCAAAACAAUGCCCAUUCUAAUGGAACCGAGAUAGGAUCUAGGAAUUUACCUUCAAUUAUCAGCAAAAACCCUUUAGCAGACACUCAUGAAUUCAAGCAGGCUUGCAGUGUGUGCUAUUUAAAAACAGGCCCCAAAUUGCUGGAUAAUACAUUUCUUGCAGAACUGGACCAUAAGUGUAAAAAAGAUAUUUUAUUAGCAAGAAUGAAAUUCUCAGAAGAAAAAACAUGGAAGAAAAUACGACCAAGACCAACAAAGACUCAAUAUGUUGGACCAUAUUAUAUUUGUAAAGAUGUUGCUUCUGGUGAAGAGUGCCGGUAUCCAGGUCAUUGCACUUUUGCCUACUGUCAAGAGGAGAUUGAUGUUUGGACUUUAGAGAGGAAGGGGACAUUCAGUCGUGAGCUACUUUUUGAUCCCCUUGGUGCAAAUGGAAGAGUCACUUUAACAGUAGCCAAAAUAUUACAAGAGCAUCAUGGAAUAUUUAUGUUCUUGUGUGAGGUCUGUUUUGAUCACAAGCCUAGAAUAAUCAGUAAAAGGAAUAAAGAUUUCCAGUCUUUUUGUUCACAUCCUAUAACAAAACAUGACUUUGAAAGAAACAAGUGUCUGGUGCACAUUUUAAGAGAGACUACUGUAAAGUACCUAAAGAUUCGACCAUAUCAUGCACUGUGCCAGCUGGACCUUUGUCGCCAUGAAGUGCGCUAUGGUUGUGUGCGAGAAGAUGAAUGUUUCUAUGCACAUAGCUUGAUAGAAUACAAAGUGUGGAUGAUGCAAAUGGAAACAGGUAUUACAUUUGAAGCUAUUACACAAGAUUCUAAGAAAUAUUGGUCAAGUAUGGAUCCCAGUGUUCAUGGAGUGCAACAAGCACCAACAAUACAAGGAAGAUUUGGACCUUCAAAUUUGAAGAUACAAUUUGUUUGUGCACAAUGCUGGAGAAAUGGUCAAGUUAAUGAACCAGACAAAAACAGGAAAUAUUGUACUGCAAAAGCAAGGCAUCCAUGGUCUAAGGAGAGACGUGUCAUGCUGGUGAUGUCUAAUGAACGUAAAAAGUGGACAACUAUUCGGAGCCUCCCAACAAAAAAACCCAUUCCUUUGCAAUUUGAUUUAUGCAUCCAUAUAGCUUCAGGGAAAAAAUGCCAGUACAUUGGAAACUGUACUUUUGCUCACAGCCCAGAAGAGAGAGACAUGUGGACAUUCAUGAAAGACAAUAAUAUUUCAGACAUGGAGCAGUUGUAUGAGUUGUGGCUCAAGAGUCAAAAGUCUGAGAAGGGAGAGGAGGCUGCAUGUUUUGCAGUACGAGAAAAUGGAAAGCAGAUCCACAUGCCCACAGACUAUGCAGAAGAAAUGGCUAAUUACCACUGCUGGCUGUGUGGAAAGAACUGCAACAGUGAGAAACAAUGGCAGAAGCACAUCACCUCGGAGAAACACAAAGAGAAAGUGUUCAACUCUGAGGAUGAUCAGAAUUGUUGGCAGUAUCGUUUCCCAACGGGUGUUUUUAGGAUUUGUGAACGGCACCUUAAAGGCAUUUGCACAGAAGAAGAAAACUGUCAAUUGGCCCAUGGAAAUGAAGAAUUAAAGGAAUGGCAUGACAGAAAGGAAUUUCUAGCAAUGAAACUUGCCAAAGCUAGAAAGGACCAUCUCAUUGCCCCUGAUGAUAAUGAUUUUGGAAAAUACAGUUUUUUACUUAAAGAUAUUAAUUGAUUAAAUGUAAAAGGUACAGAGUUAUGCAUGUUCAGUGAGGUUAAAAAGAAAAACAAACUAAAUGUGAGGUGAAAGUCAUACAAGCAACCUCAUGUCAGGACAAGAGUGUCACUUCAGUGCUUGAAACUGAAAAUGAAUGAGUAAUUGGUCAGCUGCAAGAAACAUAUUUAGUUGGAAAACAUCAUGAGCAUAUGAUAGAAGCAGACACACUGAGCUGUUUACGUUUGAACAGAAUGUCCUUUAACGACUGUCACACACAAAUUAAAAUCUGAAAAACUCAUUAGCAACCUUCUUUGAUGAAACUGUUGUAAAAUGGCAAGGUUUUAAAGUGGUGUAAGCAUUGGGAUAAGAAUUUGAUGGGAGAUGAGACACAGUAUAUGAAUAGGUGUCAAAGAAUUUGUUUUUCCAAAACAAAGAUUUAUCCACUUGUAAUAUUCUUAUUGGUUGAAAGUUGACUUAUUUUUCCAAGACUUUAUAAGAUUUUGGGACUGUGUUAUAGAAAUUUUAAAUUCUUACCUUAAUGUUGCAUAUGAUGCUUGAUUAUUUGAUUUGUUUUAAGGCUUAUUUAAAUUAAUGAGGGAUUUAUCAUUGAACUUCAAAAUCACACCAGUACUAACUGCUGAAGUUAAUCCAUUUAUCAGUCAUAAAUGGUUAUCUCAUAGAUUGGUAAGAGUGCAAAAGCAUAUUUGUAUUUUGAAAAUACAGUAUGUUUGGAACUUAUAACCCAAAAAUGACAUAAAGUUAGGAAUACUUUGUCACCCAACCCACUUAUGUGUACUUUACUUUGCUGUAAAAUUUGAAAUGACUUACUUGAUUCUGUGCUUGCUGGAUAUGUGUGUUUUUUUUUUCUUUGCUGGUUGCUUCACCAAGUAAUAGUUUCCACAGCACUGGUAGAGAACUUGUUUCAUUAUCAUAUCUUGUGUAAAAGUUAGGAUUAUGUAGUGUUAAGUUGAACGCUCAUUGUGGUCUUUGAGUGCCUAGAGCAGAUGUUUCUCUUCAUUUUUGUUUGUUUGUGUAUUUCACUUCUGGCUUGUGUUUUGUCAUCCUUAAGUUUUGUCCAACUCCUUUGUCUCUUUCUUUCUUGUCACCACCUCGCUUAGCUUAUUUAUUUUAAUUUUUUUCCCCACUGAGCUCUCUGCCGCCUGAUUUAAGAUACCAAUUGUAUUAUGUCAUUGCCAGUUUUUCAUUGAAAGAAAAAUGCAUUGAAUACAUGGCACACGGCAGCAACUGUUAUAUAACUAUGAAAGUCUAAUCAUUCAUAAAUCAGAUUCAGUGCGUAUGAGCCUGACCGUUGUUCUUUAUUUCUUGUUAAAUUUAUACCAUCUGAUCACUGAAGUACUAUGUAUUACGGUUCACUUCUUAAAGUUGCCCUAAAAAAUAAAGCAGUUGCUAAAUAAAGAAUAAUAAUAGUAAUAAUGCUCAAUGAUUGCUUCUGCACGUAGCUCUUCUUCCUCAUAAUGUUGAAUUUCAACAAAUCAUGAAGAUCAUCUGUUGGGUCCUGAUCUUCUAAAAACAAUUUCCCCUACAGCUUUAAGUUAUACAGGGUAAAGUGAAUUUUUAAGCCAUAUAUAUUAAUUUUUUGCUUUAAACAGUUCUUAUGUAGCUAAGUGUCUUGUGCUUUUCUCACACAGCAGCAUAGUGGUGUUCACUAAUUCACAGAACAAGCUGCUACUUGAGUUCUAAACCACGAGUUAAAUCCAACAAGACCGCAUAACAAAACUGUAAUGUUCUUUCACCCUCGCCAAAAUUUGGGGUAAAUGGAGACAGCAACUGUGUAACCUCAAACUUGCACAUGUUUUGGGAGUAAUAUAUUUAGAAAUGUAUUAUGAAUCUAUUUUUGACAAAAAAAUAUAGGUCCACAUCCAACUUACUUGUAAUAAGUAACUUUGGAUAUGGAAUAAAAAUCUUUAUUGAAGAAAAACUGUGAAGCAAGCAAUGACCAUACUUGUAAAUGAUUAAGAAUGAAAUCAAAAACUGAAAGUAUUUUUCAUUGUAAAAGAGUAACCAAGCCAUUUUCUGCACAAGUAAUUUGCAUGUUUACUUAACAGAUAUUUGUAGUGUUACAUAAAAGUAUUUCAUGAAAUAAGUUGUUAACCUCUUGCACCUCAGCCAUUCCAAUGGCCCUAAAUCCAUGGUGUGGAAUGGUUCCUUUCCAAAUGGGGCCUGUGUUUCAACUGUUUGGCAAAAAGGACAAGGUAUGAUUUGUGAACAAGGUGAAAGAUGCCUCUUCUAUGACUUUUCAAAGAAUUGAAAUAAAAAAUGUAUAGUGUUCUCUUUUCUAACAGAUUCUACCUGUUUAAUUAUGCUUUAAAAAAAACCCUGGGCUUGUUAAUGGUACAUGUAAUAUAAUCCCUUCUGUGUUACUAAAGAUAGGCUUCUUGGGAUGCCUAACUUUCAUUCCACUCCAAAGCCCUGUUAGUUGUUCAAUGCAUUAUGUUUUACCAAUUUUAAAAAUGUUAUUUAAAUUAAU